UUGACCGAAACUGAAAUAUCUUUUCAUUUUAGGGCAUUUCAGUUUUUACUGUAGCCAGUAAUAAAAUUGAAUUAUAAUCUUCAAACUUCGGAAAAAAUUCUUCGUGCUAACAAAAUUCUUAAAAAAGGAGAAAAUCGGACCAGAGUUUUAGAAAUUUUUUUCUAAAGAAUCCAGAUUACAAUCGAACUUUAAAAAUGGAACUCAGCGAAAACGAUGGAAAUUAUUUCAAUUUGACGCCUUUAAGCUGGGAAGAUGUAACAAAGGAACUUGAAGAUAACAAAACACAAAGUAUGAAUUCUUCGUCAGGCUCCCUCGUGUGGAGCCAGCAGAUUCGACCGAUUGCAUCUACAAUGAGCAGCAUAACUUUAAGCGAAAGCUUCAAUUUCCGAAAGAAUGCGGGAAUGACUCCCAAGAUGAAUUUAAAGCCAAAAAAUAGCAUCGAAACUUUGCGUAAUAAAUUGAAACACGAAUCCCAAAUCGAAAUCAAGGAAAAUACGUCUACAAAUGUCUUGAAUGCAGACUCCCCGGAAAACUCAAGAUACUCAAAACACCCAGAUACCCAGGAACCCUCAAUGCCUGUUUUAACCAAAGAAACCAAUAAGUCGAUUCCAUCAUCGGAAGAGAAAAUAACUCAGUAUUCUUCGAUUACUGAAUCCACAAAAAGCAGAUCAAGUCCAAUUUCAAUUUCGCAAUUUAAUUUCAACUCAAAAAAGACGAGCAGUUUCGUAACAGUUGACGCGACUUACGAUUCAGAUACAGACAUGUUCGAUGACUUUGAAUGCGAAACAGAAACACCCACAUCAUCUACUCUAUCUCCCAGACUUUUUGCUAAUUUUUCAUGUCCAUAUUCCGAAGAAAAAUCAAAUUUCGCGCCCCAGUCUAGCCUCGAUCAAACCUGUUAUUUAGAAGAGGAACUGUUUAAAUUUUCUAGGGAGGAAAUCAAAGCCAAGAUCGACCAGAUCUUAACAUUCCUGGAAAAUUGACUCAAAUCGAAACGUAUAAUUUGUUUUUAUUAU